AUGGGGGAAAACGGGAAUGUACUUCGAACUCUGCAGACUGGUGGACUACGGAAGCAGACCAUGAAGAGUUGGAAGCAGAAUACUUAUUGCAAAAAGGACAUUUUCAGCAGAAGCAGAAGCAGAAGCAGAAGCAGAAGCAGAAGCAGAAGCAGAAGCAGAAGCAGAAGCAGAAGCAGAAGCAGAAGCAGAAGCAGAAGCAGAAGCAGAAGCAGAAGCAGAAGCAGAAGCAGAAGCAGAAGCAGAAGCAGAAGCAGAAGCAGAAGCAGAAGCAGAAGCAGAAGCAGAAGCAGAAGCAGAAGCAGAAGCAGAAGCAGAAGCAGAAGCAGAAGCAGAAGCAGAAGCAGAAGCAGAAGCAGAAGCAGAAGCAGAAGCAGAAGCAGAAGCAGAAGCAGAAGCAGAAGCAGAAGCAGAAGCAGAAGCAGAAGCAGAAGCAGAAGCAGAAGCAGAAGCAGAAGCAGAAGCAGAAGCAGAAGCAGAAGCAGAAGCAGAAGCAGAAGCAGAAGCAGAAGCAGAAGCAGAAGCAGAAGCAGAAGCAGAAGCAGAAGCAGAAGCAGAAGCAGAAGCAGAAGCAGAAGCAGAAGCAGAAGCAGAAGCAGAAGCAGAAGCAGAAGCAGAAGCAGAAGCAGAAGCAGAAGCAGAAGCAGAAGCAGAAGCAGAAGCAGAAGCAGAAGCAGAAGCAGAAGCAGAAGCAGAAGCAGAAGCAGAAGCAGAAGCAGAAGCAGAAGCAGAAGCAGAAGCAGAAGCAGAAGCAGAAGCAGAAGCAGAAGCAGAAGCAGAAGCAGAAGCAGAAGCAGAAGCAGAAGCAGAAGCAGAAGCAGAAGCAGAAGCAGAAGCAGAAGCAGAAGCAGAAGCAGAAGCAGAAGCAGAAGCAGAAGCAGAAGCAGAAGCAGAAGCAGAAGCAGAAGCAGAAGCAGAAGCAGAAGCAGAAGCAGAAGCAGAAGCAGAAGCAGAAGCAGAAGCAGAAGCAGAAGCAGAAGCAGAAGCAGAAGCAGAAGCAGAAGCAGAAGCAGAAGCAGAAGCAGAAGCAGAAGCAGAAGCAGAAGCAGAAGCAGAAGCAGAAGCAGAAGCAGAAGCAGAAGCAGAAGCAGAAGCAGAAGCAGAAGCAGAAGCAGAAGCAGAAGCAGAAGCAGAAGCAGAAGCAGAAGCAGAAGCAGAAGAGGCAGAAGCAGAAGCCUCAUUCGGAUUUGA